GGGCAGCCCAGCGGGCGGCGGGGGGCGGGCCGGAAGGAGCCUGGGAGCGGCGCCCAGCUCCGGCCCCGCGCGGCCGGGUGACACGGACCGCUGGGCUGCAGCCCCCGCCCGCAGAGCCUCCAGGCCGUGCUCAUCCUGGGCAAAGCAGGAGGGUUAGACCCGGCUCCGGCGCUCUGGCCACGGCCGGAACCCCAGGCUCGCGGCCCCAGUUCCCGGCCGGCCGAGGCGCUCAGAGGCCCGAGCCCACGGAAGCGGGCUUGGGGGUCCAGGCCGGGGCCGGACCGGAGAUGGCGCCGCCCUCGGACCCGGCCUCGGCCGGGGUGCUCCUGGCUGUGCACGCCGCGGUGAGGCCACUGGGCGCGGGGCCGGACGCCGAGGCACAGCUGCGGAAGCUGCAGCUGAGCGCGGACCCCGAGCGGCCCGGGCGUUUCCGGCUGGAGCUGCUGGGCGCGGGGCCCGGGGCGGUCAGUUUGGAAUGGCCCUUGGAGUCCGUUUCCUACACGGUCCGAGGCCCCAGCCAGCAUGAGCUGCAGCCUCCGCCUGGCGGGCCUGGGACCCUCAGCCUGCACUUCCUCAACCCCCAGGAAGCUCAGCGGUGGGCCGCGCUAGUCCGAGGUGCCGCCAUGGAGGGACAGAACGGAGCCUGCCCCAAGCCCUGCUCCCACUAUGUUUCCUCUUACCCAGCACCCUGCCUCCUACCGUGA